GAAAGUGCAGGUUGUUCGCAUACCAUCUCCUUCAUUACUCAACCUAGGGUUUUGACUCGGAAAGCAGAAUUUCUCAGUUUCUCCAUUACAGUCUCUUGAAUUGUCGAAACUCGAAAAGAAGAGGGGAGAAACAGAAAAAAGAAAGAGAAGAUGGCUCGGAACGAAGAGAAAGCGCAAUCUAUGCUGAAUCGUUUCAUCGCGCUCAAGGCCGAGGAGAAGAAGAAGCCAAAAGAGCGGAGGCCGUAUCUGGCGUCGGAAUGCCGGGACCUCUCGGAAGCGGACAAAUGGCGGCAACAGAUCAUGCGGGAGAUCGGUCGUAAAGUCGCUGAGAUCCAGAACGAGGGGCUCGGGGAACACCGACUGCGCGACCUCAACGAUGAGAUCAACAAGCUCAUCCGAGAGAAGUCGCAUUGGGAGCGCCGCAUAGUUGAACUUGGCGGCCCCAAUUACGCCAAGCAUGGAGCGAAGAUGACGGACCUCGAGGGCAACAUCGUCGAUGUUCCAAACCCUAGUGGCCGAGGUCCCGGCUACCGCUACUUCGGCGCGGCGAAGAAGCUCCCCGGCGUCAAGGAGCUCUUUGAAAAACCUCCCGAGCUCAGAAAGAGAAGGACGCGAUAUGACAUAUACAAGAGGAUUGACGCUAGCUACUACGGUUACCGGGACGAUGAAGAUGGCGUGCUGGAGAAGGUGGAAGGCCCUGCGGAGGAGCGCAUGAGGAAGGAGGCCGUGGAGGAAUGGAGAAGGGUUGAGGAGAUUCGAAAGGAGGCAAGGAAGGGCGCCAUGGAAGUUGUCAGUGUUGGGGCUGCAGCUGCGGCAGCGAAGGAGGUGUUGUUCGAGGAGGAAGAGGAUGUGGUGGAGGAGGAGAGAAGGGAGAGGGAGGAGAGAGAGAGAAUGAACAACGAGAGGGAGUUUGUAGCACACGUUCCGCUUCCUGAUGAGAAGGAGAUCGAAAGGAUGGUUGUGGAGAAGAAGAAGAUGGAGUUGCUUAGUAAGUAUGCCAGCGAAAUGUUGUUGGAGGAACAGAGCGAGGCUAAAGCCAUGCUUAAUAUUCAGAGAUAGCUCAUUGUGGUUGGUUGAUGGUUGGAAUGACGAUGUUGUACAGACAUUUUUUUGCUUCCAUGCCUGCUCUUCACGCUCAUUCUAGAACUUGAGUAGCCAUGGUGCUCUUUGUGAGUGCAAGUUCAUAUGGCAUGACACUUUCAUGGGCUUGCGGAAUUUGGGAGGUGGAACACCAAGAUGGAGCAACCUUGUCCACCAUGUUGCUCGUGUCUACCAUUUGUGCUGGUAAAGCUUCUUGAUUGGCUUCUUGUAACCGGUUGGCGACCCCAUUUUCCUCCUCAGUGUAUUACUGUAUUCACGUCUAUUUGGGUUGAAUAUGCGAUAAUUCCCUUCCUCGUUUUAGUUGGUACAAGUGAAAAUUAGGAUGCGCUCGAACGGAUGUGAGUUUUCUGUAAUGAGAUUUAUCUAAUUUUCUGUAAUGAGAUUUAUCUAAGAUUACUGAGUUUGAAAGUUGUUGGACAUGAAAGAGCUCAGAUGGAUUUUAAUUUUACCGCCA